AUGACAACGUGCACAUUAGACAGCCAGAGGCACAUCCAUCUUUACAACGAUCACAACACAAACCCAACCACGUCUGAGAAAUCCAAGACUCUGGCCUUCUUCGGCGCGGGCGGCGAUUGUGCAGGCUACUGCCUCGCAAACUCUCUCAAAGCUGGCUACACCUGUAGAGCCCUCGCUCGAGCGCCGAGCAAGCUCCUCGACUCCCUCAAGAAGAAGGGCGUUCCCCAAGCCACCAUCGACACCAACCUCACCAUCAUCCAGGGCGACGUCAAGAACCUCGACAAUGUCAAGUCCACCCUACAUACCGCCUCCGGCCUGCCCGUGGAAGUCAUCAUCUCCGGCAUAGGCGGCACUCCCAACUUCCAAGUGUCACUCACGCAGCCUUUAGGCAUGACGGAGCCCAACAUCUGCAACAGUGCCGGCAGCACUAUCCUUCGCGCAGCAUCGGAACCUCAUCUCCAGCACACAGAGCAUUCGAAACCUCUCCUCGUCAACAUCUCCACCACCGGGAUCCCGGCCCCGGGUGCGCCGUGGGAUGUACCUUGCGCCCUCUCGCCACUGUAUCGCUGGGGACUGCACGUACCUCAUGAAGAUAAGGCCAAGCUGGAAGAGAAGCUGCGCGAGGAAGUGAGAUUGAGCAGCUGUGGGAUCAAGGGGUACGUCAAUAUCAAGCCGAGCUUGCUGUUUGAUGGUGAGAGCAAAGGCUUGCAAGCGGUCAAGCAGGGUGUCGAUGAGAAGCCAGCGAUCGGGAACAGUAUUCAUCGACAGGAUGUUGGCUUGUUCAUCUUUGAGCAUUUCGUGAAGGGGGAGGUGGUGGAUGAGUGGAUUAACAAGAGUCUUACUAUAACUUACUAG